GUAAGUCCAAAACCAACCCUGGUCAGUGAGCUGAGUAGGAUUAGGAGCUCCGCAGGAGAGCUGCAGCUCGGCUUUCCGUGCUUUGUUUUCUGCUCCGAUCAUCAAGAGCUGCAGUCUGGUGUGUAAACGCUACUCUCCUUCAGCUGCAUGUAGUGCUUCUCUCUGAAAGCAUCCCGCUUUUUUUUUUUUCUCCAGAGGGUAUCCCACCGUACCGCUCGCCGUCCCAUUGCAACAGGUCGAGCAGGAGGUUAAAUCUAAAAAAUAUAUAUAUAGAUGUGAUAUGACAAUAAAGUGCAGAGAGAGAGGCGGGCAGCAGAGGAGGUUGACGGUGUAAGCUUUGAUGGUUUCAGCUGCAGUGGAUGCGACAGAGCGGGGACCUGCCAACAUGAUGCCGAUGUUCCUAACUGUGUACCUCAGCAACAAUGACCAACACUUUAGUGAAGUCCCCAUCACACCAGAGACACUGUGCAGAGAUGUGGUGGAGCUCUGCAAGGAGCCUGGCGAAUCUGACUGCUAUCUAGCUGAGAUAUUGAGAGGCUCAGAACGUGUUGUUGGAGAAGGAGAACAGAUGCUGGAGGUGUUGCAGCGAUCAGGACAGCAGAGGGGAGAGGUACGUUAUCUCCUCCAUCACCAAAGAGCACCUGGACGAGAAUCAGGUAAGAAAGAAACUUAAUGGCUAAAGGUAAUUGAAA